UAGAUGAGAGAGAUGCUUUGUUGUUACAAAAAUUCUGGUACAGAAAUACUGAGGUUUAUGGGUGAUGUGUGUGAUGGAAUGGGUUCAUGCUGUCCAAAUCUAAUGGGACAAUUUUUUUCCAGUAUCUCAUGAGAAACACUUUUAACCUUGUGUUUGCAAGGCACUCUCUAACACCAGAUUGAGGGUUUUUUUUUGUGUUAAAACAAACUAAAGUAACUGUAAGUCUAACCCAAUCCACUUGUGUAUCCUGGUUUGUAGCUUUUAGCCAGAGGUCAGCUUCUUACUAUGUUUGUUCUUUGGACAUGAUGCAUUUAGCUGGAAAAUGUGUUUAGCACUGAAGUAAAACAGUAACUACUUGAUACAAUUACUGAAGUGAAGCCCUUCAAAGCUCCUGUUUAUUUGAUGUGUCAAUUUACUGCUAGGAACUUCAAUUUACUGGUUUUGAAUUGAUUUGUUAGUUAAGUUUUCAUGAAACACUACUUUUUCUGUUUAAAUAAAAUAUUGUUGUAAUAAAUGAAGCUGUAUUAUUAAAAACAGAUUUUUUUCCUUGCUCUUCUUUGCUGUCACUUAUAGCUGUCUUAAACUUCAGAUAAUGACAAAAUGUCCUCUAGAGGGAGAUCUUGUUGCUUUUAUGUGCUGAAAUGUUGGUCACCUUGUUCCAGUUAAAUGUCUUAUCACUUAUCUUGGGAAGGAUCUGUGAAUGUGUGUAUAUUAAUAAGUGCCUGUCUUCUGCAUCUGUGCUUAGAAAUUUAAUGACAGAAUCUAGAGUCAUGUAACACCUCUGUAGGUUAUGUGAAACACAGUUGUUUUAAUUCAAAUAGAUCUAAUUCUGAAGUUAAAUGAAUAAUCUUUGCAAGUUCCAGAUUUCUACUCCUGUAUUUGUAGGGCCUACAUUUGUGGUGUCCCUGCAUUUGUGGUGUCAAUUCUGCCAAUGCUUGUGGAGAUAACUGAUGACUUUCAUGUGUUCCCUGUUGCCAUCAAGAUGCUUUUGAGGGCAGUUUCUUUGCUGACCUGAACCAAGAAUUUCAGCAGCCUGUCUGAAAGUGUUAUCAUAAUUUUGGAGGAUUGCAGCACUGAGAUCUCUGGAGUCUGCUGUGUCUAGCCAUAAUGAGUUUGGUUGCUUAUGAAGAUUCAGACUCCGAGACAGAAGCUGAAAAGACUGAAGCCCCUGAUGCUUCUGGCAGACAAACAAACCAGCUGAGUUCUUCUGUGAGUUGUGUUCAGCACUUUGCACCUGGUAGUACAGAAUCUGCACAUGGGAUGCACCCUGCUGGCAGCGCUGGCAGGUCUGCCUGGAGCCGGGUUUGUGAAGAUCCCCCUGAGCAUUAUGCACGGAAUAGCAACACUGACUUGGCACCUCCCCAUUGUCAGAGGGUUUACUCUGGCCCUGCUGCAGUGUCUGUGGCUUACAGAAACUAUGAACAGGCUUCAAGCUCUUCAACAAAUUCUGGAAAUGGCUUUUCCCAGAAGAGGGCACACAACGACAGCACUCCUACCCUAAAAGGAAUUAGACCAUAUAUCCCAAAACGACUGCGUCAAGAAAAUUCCAAUAAGCCUGAAAAAGCAGAAUCUGACCAGAGAGGUAGCUCAGAUUGUGAUGUCAAGGUAACUGGGCCAGGAGAGCAGGCUUUGAGAAAGACCUCCGAAUUAAUUAAGCCAUAUUUAGGAUCUAAAUAUAAAGUAACUGAAGUUCCCAAAAGCUUAAUAUUUUACAUGUCUAAACACAGCGGCCCCAUUAAUGAAAUCCAGUGGUGUCCUGUACUGGAACAAAGUCACUUGCUUCUCUCAGCUUCUAUGGACAGAACAGUCAAGGUUUGGGAUGCUGUAGAUACAGGCUGCUGUUUAAAAACCUUCUCCUGUCACUCCUGUGCUGUUCGAGCUGCCCGGUGGUCAUCCUGUGGAAGAAGGAUCCUCAGUGGGGGCUUUGAUUCCAUGCUGCAUUUAACAGAUGUGGAAACAGGGAAGCAGAUAUUUAGCAGCAAAACAGAAUUUAGGAUCAGUGCACUGAAGUUCCACCCUACAGAGUCAAAUGUUUUCAUUUGUGGAGGAUUCAGCCCAGAAGUUAAAGCAUGGGAUUUAAGGACUUCUAAGGUGUUGAGAGUGUACAAAGCUGCAGUGCAACAGACUUUGGAUAUCCUCUUCCUCCCAGAAGGAAGAGAAUUUCUUACCAGCACGGAUGCCGUGAGCCGGGACUCGGCCGAUCGCACCAUUGUUGCGUGGGACUUCCAGAGUGCUGCAAAAAUCUCCAAUCAGAUCUUUCAUGAGCGUUACACUUGCCCCAGUCUGAGCCUGCACCCAAGGGAGUCUGUGUUUGUUGCUCAGACCAACGGGAACUACCUGGCUCUGUUUUCUGCCCAGCGACCCUACAGAAUCAACAAAAAGAAAAGAUACGAAGGACACAAGGUGGAAGGAUUUGCAGUGGGCUGUGAAUUUUCUCCAGAUGGAACACUUUUGGUGACGGGAAGUUCAGAUGGCAAAGUGUUUUUCUACAACUAUCAUACUUCAAGGAUUAUUCGCACUCUGUCUGCACAUAAAGAAGCUUGUGUGAGUGCAACAUUUCACCCAGUCUUGCCAUCACUCCUUGCAACAUGUGAUUGGGCUGGAGAAAUCAAGAUCUGGCAAUAACAACCAGAGUUACUUUUUAGGAUGUCUCUCUCCUGUUAGUCUGUCAGAGGCUUAGGAAAUAAGCCAGAGUAUGGAAUGUGAAAUUCUGUUGGGAUGUGUUGUAAGCAGGAGAGAGACUGUUGUCUUUUCUUCUAUGACCUCUAUGUUUAUGCUUUCAUAAUGCAGUUAAGAUGGUUUUAUGGUUGGCUGUUGAGCAAAGAAAUGGUCCUACUCUCUCCCUCAACCCUGGAGACAAAUUUUUAACCCUUUUGUGUCAAUCUUGUGCUCAUCAAGUCCCAUUCUGCUUUGAGCAAGCACCUAAAUUUAAGAAAAUUAUUGUUCUUUUGAUGCAUCUUUUCAAUGCAGCUUUCUUAGACCAGAGUUUAUCACAGAAUCAUAGAAUCAUUUAGGUUGGAAAAGAACUUUAAAAUCACUGAGUCCAAGCUUUAACCCAGCAGAGCCAAGUCCACCACUCAACCAUGUCCCACAGUGCCACAUCUGCAAAUCUUUUAAAUACCUCCAAGGAUGGUGAUUCCACCACUUUCCUGGGCAUCCUGUUCCAAUGCUGACAACCCUUUGGCUGAAGAAGUUUCUUCUAUUAUCCAAUCUAAACCUCUUCUGUCAGGAGGAGACUGUUUCCUCUUUCCCUCACCAAAAGUUGAGGACACACUAUUUAACAAAUGAUGAUGUUCAGAUCAGUGAAUACCUAUUCCAUCUUCCUGAAAUGUUUUUUCCCACUUUUUUGAACUGGUUUAGCUCCCUGACCUAAUCAAUGUAGGGUUAGAGAAGUAAUAUUGUAGUUCAAGGCAAAACAGCUUCCAUGCACAAGAAGGGGGAAGGUCACAGGGCAGGUGGGACUGCUUCUUCUGAAAAUGGAAGGUCUAUUAUCAGCUCAGUUUACUGUAAAUGCCUUCUGAGAGUUCCAGGGAAAGGUGUGACAGAUGGCUUGAACCUAAUUUUGAAGUCAAUACACGUGUGGUUUUGAAAUGCUGGUGUUUAAACUUGAGUUUUAAACUUUUAUUACUGUGUAAAAAGAGAAAGAAACUAUGUAUAAAUACUUUUAAGGAAGAAAUAAACAUUUUUUUUAAAUACAUGCUAUCUUUGUUUACUCCUAUUAUUCUUGACAAGAUAGUACGCAAGCUUAUAAUGGAUUUGAUGCUUGGGGAUGAAAACAAUUAACAUUACUCUAAUUUAUUGCAAACACAUAUGCAUUUCUCCAUAGUUCUUGAUGUUGCUUGGACACAGAAAAUUGUCAUCAUGCUAUUCAGUGCAGGGGAAGUUCUUCAGCACUCAAACAGGAGCUGGGCUAUUCUUCAGCAGAUAUAAAUUUAAUUAAGCCAUUAGUAUGUAUUUACAUACAUAGAGAUUGUUUGUAACUGUACUUUAAAUUUGUGUUCCCUGCAAGUGUAUUACUUGGUUCUAGAAAAUAUUUAAUGUGCAUGUGUGUGUACAUGUAUGAAAAAUAAUAUGUCUGUGCAUCACAUAAACCAUAUGUAAUCCUAUCAUGACUCCAUAUGUUUAUAUGUAUUUUUAUGUUUAUAUGUAUUAUCUUGUACAUAAACGUUUAUAUGUUUAUAUGUAUUAUCUUGUAGUGAGUGCUGUAAGCUUGUCUUGUCUUUGGUCUGGUUAGUCUGGAAAGGUGUUUUAACAUAAACAGGAUAAUGGUGCUGAGUAAAUUGUCUCUAUCAUGGAAUCCAUAAACUCGAUAUGGUAGCAACUUCUCUGUAGCACAUUUUUAUUUUUCUGAUUUUUCAUAUUGGCACAAAUGCAAGGGGUUUCUAUCCACUUUUUUGCAUGCUCAGUAAAAAUAGCUUUUUCAGUGAAAAAUUUUCAGAGCAUCCUUGUGAACAGCAGAUUUUAAUUAUUAAUGAGCAUAAUGUACUCCAUUGGUUUGUAGUUUAUGUUCCUUAUUGCCUGUGGUAAGACAUAAGCCUGUACCAAGGCUGUGGGUCCAGUUUGAAGUCUGGACCAAGAUUGUAUGGCUGCAUGGUUUUAAUCACCUUACCAACAGCUAUGACAGGUUUUAACAUAGGGCAUUAAAUUUAAGUGAGUCUUGCAAUGAAAAAGCAGCUUUUUCUUUGUUUCCCAGAUUGCCGUUUAUUUUUUGCUUCCUUGUGCAGCAAUGAGCUGUUUAACAGGAGCCUGGAGUUUGCACUUUUCUUCACUGUGCCUCUAGUACACAAGCCAGCUGUACCUUUAAAUAGAAACUUGUUUGGUGGUUUUGAGUUACUCCUAAUUCAAGCUGUGGGAUCCUCAUAAAAGUCAGGAGGAGGUCAGCUGGAAGUGAAGUAGCCCUUGCCUGUUGCUAGGCAGGCUGGAUCCCAACUGCACAGCAUUUUCCAAGGGGGUGGCUCUGUGUUCUUCCCUCCUGGUGUUUUAAUUCAAAAUGUGCUGUUACCACUUAAAAACUUUGGGCAGCCAGGUGUGUCUUAUAUGAAUGAUGGGCAGCACUGUAAUUGUUCCUGUUACAACCUGGUAUCUGUCUCCAUGGGAGAUUAUCUGUUAUUUUGUUAAGUACAGCCUUGAGAAAGGCCCUAAAAUACAUGUGAGCUCAUGGUAGAAAUGGUUUUUUGGAAGAGGCCUGAGCUGAUGUGAACAUUUCCCUCUAUGUGAGUGAGCUCUGAGCACACUCAGCCUCAGUGAGAGCACAUCUGGAUAGAGGGAAGGUCCUGAGGGAGCAGACUUUGGGAAUCACUGCCAAGAAAAGUAACUGCAUUUUGUAUGAUUACUCAUGUUGUUGCUUAAGUUUAACUCGUGUACUGAGGUGUGAUUCUGGUGUCUACA